CCAGUUUCUAGAAAGCAGACCAUUAUGUAAUGCCGAGUCUUACACAACUUGGCCGAUGUUGCAUGAAACAACCCUUCAGUCGGAAGGUGAGACAUGACGACAUGCGGUGAUGUGGACCCGGUUUUCGUCAACGGUGCAAGCAGGUUUCUCUGCUACUACAUCUCAACACAACAAGGGAAUAUAUAAAAUCCGCCGGGUAACCACAACAUACACAUCAGGUGACCGCAGAAGGGCGCAAAUGCCGCAUGCACCUACAUUGAACAUAUUUGCUGGGGUCCAUUCCUGCCAUAUAAAUGGCUUUUUUUACGCCCACAGCGUCGAUGGAGAACCGAAUAGAAGUGCGUCUCCACCGGGUACUUAAACUUCUCUACCCCUCGCACCCAGCCGUUCUCCUCGUCCACUGACCCAUGCAGUUUUUGCGGACCUUCCUUACCUACCUCUGGUGGGAUUCCCACUCAUAUUAUGGCUAUCCUCCCUCGCGACUUCAAACGGCGGGGAGGCUGACCGAUGAUGUCACAUGCGCUACCUGUCCACCUGUCAUUGGCACCUAUCUGUAUGAGAGCAAAUGCUUCUUGGAGAGUGCCAUGGGGAACCUGCCAGAGAACCUUACGAUCUGUUGGUACACAAACCUGUACCCUUCCUCGGUGAAAGAAAUAGAAAUACCCCUGGAUACCCCCUACUGUGCCUACGAUGCUACAGGAGAUUUCUACGCUAACCUCACAAUCGAGAAUUGUCCCAACAGAGCUUAUAUGGACAGCGACACUUGUACCCUCUGGUCACAAGAGCAGGUCAUUGACCUACAAAAGUACUUGGGAAAGAGGGGAAUUGAGGAAGACCAUACCCGGAUGAGGGGUCUACCCUCACCUUCGGUGUUGCAUCUAGUCCAGCAGAUGGCCAAGGCUAGCCAAGUGGUGAAGAUUGAUGAAAGAGGCGCACGUGUAGUACCGGCAAAACCCAGGGUUCUGCCAGUUGUGCCAACAUGGCAAAACCUGUGGUUCACCGGAACGUACACUGUGUACUAUGGACAAUCUAAGCCAUUCGAUAACAUCAGCAAUGAUACAUCCCAUCCUUUGUCAUCCCGCCGGUCGUGGUCGACCACCUCAAUGACUUCAUCAAUGCCUCGGAGAGGCAUCAGGACAACCAUCAGCAAUGUGUUUUGGGAGGUUGUUGUCUCGUCCUUGGAUAGGAGCACCUUUUGAGCUGUGGCUGUCACCACUGAUGUUGCAUUUCCAGUAAUACUGAUUGGAUUUAUUGCAACUUUCUCAAUGCGGGUGAAAUUUGCAGUAACAAAAUCAGGGACAGGUCACCCACCAGCGCUGGAUGACAUGAUGGGCUGGGGAUGCACUGAUGUCUGCCUUCCCAUAGCUCGAUGUUCGGACAACCUGACUGUCUACUAAGCUACAUUUGGUAUGAGGUUCUGCCGGGUUCUGCCAUACAUAACCCCAGAGGUUCUGCAAUCUGCCUGGCAGUGCCAGUUUUGCCCUGCCACCUG